GAGCGGUCUGCGCGGAGACGCGCACUUCAAUUCCAGCAGAUUGCCAGACAUGGCGGCGGAUCCGAACCCGGAGUGGCUGUCUUGCCUCCCGUCUUCAUGGAGUUACGGGGUUAAACGGGACGGACGCGUCUUCUUCAUCAAUGAAGAAGCAAAGAGUACUACCUGGCUGCAUCCAGUGAGUGGCGAGGCCGUGAUCACCGGGCACAGGAAAACGGCAGAUCUACCGACGGGAUGGGAGGAGGGCUUCACGUUUGAAGGAGCCCGCUGCUUCAUCAAUCACAAUGAGCGGAAAGUGACCUGCAAGCAUCCAGUGACCGGCUCACCCUCGCAAGACAACUGCAUCUUCGUCGUCAACGAGCAGCAACUUCAGAAGGCUCCGUUGGAGGAGAGGAAGGAACCCGCACAGAGGACCAUGAGCGAAGCGUCCAACUACACGGGGGGGUCGGACCGGACCGCCAGCUCCACCGUGACGUCCAGUGGCUCUGCGUCCAGGCCUUCAAGAUCAUCAAAAAAAGUCCACAACUUCGGAAAGAGGUCAAACUCCAUUAAGAGGAACCCCAACGCCCCAGUUAUCAAACGUGGCUGGCUUUACAAACAGGACAGCACCGGGAUGAAGCUUUGGAAGAAGCGCUGGUUCGUGCUGUCCGACUUGUGCCUGUUUUACUACCGAGACGAUAAGGAGGAAGGCAUACUGGGAAGCAUCCUCCUCCCCAGCUUCCUCAUCUCACUGCUGUCGGUGGACGACCACAUAAACAGGAAAUACGCCUUCAAGGCGACGCAUCCGAACAUGCGCACGUACUACUUCUGCACCGACGCAGCCAAAGACACCGAGUCCUGGAUGAAGGUGAUGACGGACGCAGCGCUGGUGCAGACCGAGCCUGUCAGGAGAUUGGAGAAGAUGCAGGUAGACCAGAGGACUACGCAGAACAACAUGUUGAACCACCGCAUCCUGACAUCUCCGGAGGCGCAGAACAACGAGCGGAACCGUGAGGCCGUGCGGCGUGAGGAGCCCGGGAGGCGGGACAGCGGGAGGUACAGCCUCCCCAAGGGCGCCGUGGAGACGCCGCUCGUCAAGAUCAACAGCAUCAAGCUGCAGGCUGCGCAGCCCACUGCCGCCCAGGAUGUCACUGCAGCCCCCUCCACUCCCAAAACACCCCCGGCCGUCCCUGGCCCCCCGCUGACAAACGGGCCGCGGGAGCGGGCCCUGGAGGGGCCCAUGGAGGAGACAGACAGCGGCCUGGCCCCGCCCCCCGCCGGACCCGGUCCUGCCCCACCCCCCGACCCCGAGCCGCCCUUACAGAGGAGCGGUUCUAAGCAGCAGCUGGAGCAGUGGGUGCGGACCCAGAGGCGGCAGGACGACGAGACCCGCAGCAUCCUGUCGUACCAGACGCUCCCGAGGAACAUGCCCAGCCACCGGACGCCGGUGGUGGCCCGCUACCCCGAGGGCUACCGCACGCUUCCCCGCAACGUGGCACGGCCGGACAGCAUCUGUAGCGUGUCGCCGUCAUUGUACGAGCGCCCCCCAGUGGCGGAGAAGCGGCGCUCGCUGCGCGACGACACCAUGUGGCAACUGUACGAGUGGCAGCAGCGGCAGGCGUACAGCCGGCAGGCCCCGUACGGCACGCUGCCCUCCCCUCGCACCAUGGUGAACCUGUCGGAGCACGCCGGCAUCUCCAUCCCACCGUCGCCUUCCCACGGCUCGCUGGCGCCCCAUCGGUCCUACUCACCGCUGCGCUCCUACACUGUGGGCUCCCGCUCCGAGGUCACCUCCCCAGUCUUUAGGGGGGACAUGUCUUUGGACCGCCGUCGCAGGCCACACUACAACAAGUGUGGUUACCCUCCUGACCGGAGGUCUGUGCCCGUCGGGAUGCCCAUGCAGACCAUAAGUCCACAGUCCCUGCAAGGCAAGUCGCCCGAGGAGCUGACCCUUCUGCUCAUCAAACUGCGUCGGCAGCAGGCGGAGCUGAACAGCCUGCGGGAACACACACUGGCACAGCUGGUGCAGCUCGACCUCGACGGCGCCACCCCAAAGAACGAGAUUCUAUCCCAUCACCUCCAAAGGAGCCUUGCGUAUCUGGACAGCCAGAUGAAAGAAAAUGAGCCUUUAAUCACCAUGAUUCACACUAUGAUCGAGAACUCGGCGCCAAGACCACAACUGUACCAGCACACGCCCACUGAAGGCUACAGAGAGAACUCCUACAGCUACAGGUCGGAGGACGACAUCAACGUUAAGCUGAGUCGACUGUGUGAGCAGGACAAGGUGGUGCGGAUGCAUGCGGAUAAGCUACAGCAGCUGCGCCGAGAGAAGCACACACUGGAGACGGCGCUGCUGUCCGCCAGCCAGGAGAUGGAGAUGAACGGGGAGGAUGCGGCGGCCAUGAUGGGCGUGGCACAGCAGCGGGAGGUUCUGCAGAGCGGGCUGCUGAGCACGUGCAGGGAGCUGAGCCGCGUCGGCGCGGAACUGGAUCGUUCCUGGAAGUACUACGACAGGCUGGAGUCAGAGGUCACCCUAGCCAAGAGCAGCCUGCUGGAGCAGCUGGAAGCCGUGCGCACCCCUCAGACCGAGCCUCCCAGCCAGCAGUACGUGCAGAUCCAGAAGGAACUCUGGAGGGUACAAGACGUGAUGGAAGCUCUGAACAAGAACAAACCCCAAAGAAGCAUCGACAGCACAGAUGCCCCGAACCCCAGGCCACUCUCCAGCGAACUCAAGGGCGAGGCUUCCGCAGUUACGGGCCGAUCGUCAGCCGACCCGUGGCGACCCGCAGAGCCCCCCCUCUCUGCGGUCCCCCAGGGAGACGAGCCGGUGCCGCCGCGGCCGCCCCUCCCCCUGUCCUAUGACACUGGCGAGAGGCUGCCCCCCCUGCGCUCCCCCGGCAGCGUCCAGCUGCACGUCGGCCGGCACCCCUCGCUGCGCGCCGCCGACGAGCGCAAAGCAACCCAGAAGAACGGCGUGAACACCGGGCCUGAUUACCGGCUGUACAAGAGCGAACCGGAGCUGACCACAGUGGCCGAGGUGGAUGAGACUGGUGGUGAGGACAGAUCAGAGCAUGCAGAGAAGGAGCCAUCCAACAGCAAAGGAAUGCCCUUCCCUGUUGGUAUCGUGCCCCCCAGGACGAAGUCCCCCAUGCCAGAGUCUUCCACUAUCGCAUCCUAUGUCACGCUGAGGAAGGCCAAGAAGCCCAGUCCCAGGACAGACAGGCCGCACAGCGCGGUGGAACAUGGGUCUGUGAGCGAAAACGCUCGGCCACGCAUGAGCCUGGAGGAGCAGCUGGAGAGGAUCAAGAGGCACCAAAAUGCCGCCCUGAAGGACAGAAAGAAGGACAUCGGUGUCCUGGGCCAGGAGCCCUCGCCGUCACCCUCGCGAUCAUCGUCCUUCUCCAAGGAGAACCCCUUCCGCACCCUGCCGGCACGGCGGAGGGAGGAGGCGCUGUCCUGCGACAUCCAACUGCUGGAGGCCUCGCUCCGUGAGCAGGACCUGGAAAAGGAGACGGAGACUCCGGCGCAGGAGAUAGCCCGGCUGAAGGGCGACUCCCAGCAGCCAGACACGGCAGCACCGGACCACGAGUCGGUGACAUCAGACGGCAGCUGCGUGGAGCCAGACCCCGAGCCCACACUAAGCCAAGCGGAGGAAGCGGGCAAGCAGAAGAAAGUGGACCGGAUCAAAGCCCUCAUGGCCAGGAACAGCAUGCAGAACAUGAUUCUGAUGCCGGCAUUCCUGAAGCAUGAGGAUGAGGCCGAGAGUGAGAUCGCCGUGCAGGAGCAGGAGAAGAUCAUCGACAUCACUUAUGAGCUGGCCGCCGAGGCCUCCAAGCUCAGCAAGCUGACGCCGGUGUCCCCCCCCGCUCCGUCCUCACAGCCGCCGAUGGCCGACGGAUCGCACUUCAUGUGUGUUUAGAGGCAACACAUCAUCCUGCGCCAGAGCCAGGCCCGGUCUCCAGAGACGUACGCCUUGCUCUCCGCCGCCGUCUCCCCGCCUGCCCCUAGUGCCCGCCGCCCAGCCGGUGCUAUCCGUCGAGACCUACAUGUGAUGGUUUGCAGUACCUAUGCCGGGCCGCCAGGGGGAGCUGCUGGUGGACCGUGAGCGCUAGCCAGUGCUGGCCCGCCCGCGUCCAGGCUUCAGCGUCACCCCAUGCGCGUCUCUCAGCCGUCGUCGCUGUAACACAGAGAAAUCCGAAAGACAUGAGCCCGAUUGCCGUUGCUUUUUCUUUUUCCUUCAUUUUGAAUCCCCCGAAAAGCUGGAUUUGGGGUUGAGCUCAUCCACAUGCUGCUAUACGGCAUGAGAGCUGUACAGACUGAUACUUCCUGGUGUCCUGGGGACACUGUGCUUGUCCCACACACUCUGAAAAGAUGUCAGAUUUACUUUAAGCGUUUAAGAGGAAAUGUUUAUGUUUUUGCUAUGUUAUUUUUUAUUUUCUUUUAAUUUUGUCACUUUACGUGUCUUUUAAUUAAUUUCUCCUUUUUUAAAAAAACGGUGUAAAUAUCCUUUUUAAGAAUAUUUGUAAAAUACGUUCAUCUGUGAGGCUAUGCGGUAGGACACGCAGUCGUGGUCCGUUUACGGAUGACCGAGGUAGCGCGUUACGGCGGCGAUGUUAGCGGGCUCUUCCGCCCCCUGUAGGCGACAGAUCGUUAUGGCAUAAUAUCCGCCACGUUUUUCUGCCAAUGAAUGACGAAGAGUCUUCAGAAGGUUGGUUCUGUGAAGAGGGUGGUUUGGAGACCCUUCUAAUGGAGUAGCCCUAUAGCACAUGUUAAAGAAUAAAGAAGCAAUAAGUGAGUUUUGUUAAGCCGAGACUGUGUUUUGUGUACAGAAUGUAAUUAGAGCGGUCUCUCUGUAUAUAUAUACUGUAUACCGUACAAUGACCAGAGCUUAUGUAACUAUAAGAUGCUAAUUAUUAGAAUUAUUAUGCAAAAUGUUAAUAUCCCAUCUGUUUUAUAACACGUUAAUAAAUGUUAAUGUUCUUA